GGGCGGGACCGGAGGGGAGGGGCUCUGUGUGUGUGGAGUGGGACCCUUUCGUGCGCCGGAACCUUGGUGCCGUCGCCGCCGUUUCCCGCCGGCGCGGCGGGCCCGAAGGGCGGUCGCUAUGGCAGCGGCGGCGCUGCUGGCGCUGCUCGCGGUGCCGCUCCUGCUCCUCCUCCUCCUCUUCGGGGGCGCGCGCCGCCUGCGCCGAGCGCGCUCUCGCCCGGGGGGGUCCCGCGCGCUCCCGCGGGGCGUUCGCGCGCUCGUGGUGACGGCGCACCCUGAUGACGAGUCGAUGUUCUUCGCCCCCGCCCUGCUCGGCCUGCGCAGGGCCGGGGCCGCCCCCGCCGUGCUCUGCUGCUCCGCAGGAAAUUAUUACAAUCAAGGAGAGAUCCGUAAGAAAGAGCUGGAGCAGAGCUGUUGUGUCCUGGGGAUUCCUGCGUCCGAUGUCACAGUCAUUGAUCACAGUCUUUAUUCAGUUCUGGCAUCAAGAAACCCAGACAUUUUUGCAAACCAAGUUUGGCUUUUAAGGCUGAACAAGGAAAAUACAGGCAAUACUGAGAAGACAGACAGCAGGAGGUUGCCAGCAAUUCCUGGAAAUAAUGGAGUUUCACAACCAUUGCCUGCAGAUUGGACAUUUAAGGAGGAAAAAUAUCCUUGUGGCUUGCUUGCACAGAAUAAUGAAAAUGCAAAGUCUGUGGAGAAAGUUUAUUAUGGUAAAAAUUCAAAUGCCAUCCUUGGGUUUAAACCAAUGAGCAGCAUAUCAAAUGCCUCAGAAUGAUGACAGCACAGAAAUAACCCAGGUCAGAAAAUUGCAUGUGGUCUCUCCUGGACUUGCUUUUAAUGUCGCGUUAGGCUCUACGUUUUAGUUGUCCAAUGGUUUUGAAUCUCUGAACAGUUUCGGCUGCAAAAAAUACGCUCACAGAACCAUCUUUUGAAAUAGGAACAUGUUAAAUAAACGGGGAGGAGGAAAGGAGGUGUUUCUGUAAUACCCUCGUGCUCUUACCCCGUUGGCAUCUGUCAGCGAGAGCCAAGAAAACGCCAGCGCGUGUCGGGAGAGGCAGCGAGAGGACUCGUAGCAGGCAGACACGUACACACAACAAACAGCAGAGCUGAGGCAGCACUUUGAAAAUUGCCUUCUGCAUAAUGAAACAGAGGGGCUGUGGGAGAAUCUCCACUGCAUAAUGAACCAGAGGGGCUGUGGGAGAACCUCCACGGCUUCGUUCAGCAGCGGCAAAUUUAUUUCAUUCGAAUUUGUAGUGACUCGGAAAAUGUCGCCGUGUUGUUGGAAGCCUUGGGUUGUAUUUCCUCAUCCCUAAAUUGAACCAAGUUAAAUCAAACUCUCAGCUCAAGAAAUGAGAGAUGAAAAGACUCUCCCUCUCCUGUAGUGGCUCUCCAAAAUGUAUAUUAUAUGUCUUCAGGCUGUCAGCCGUGUGAAGCUUUCGGGAUGUGACUCAUAGAAUAAAUAAGUUUGGUCAUUCCUG